CGAGUCAUAUUUUUUAUUUACCUAUAGGUACAGCAUCUGUUAAGAUGAAAUCUUUUGUAUUGUUAUAUGUUUUAUCAGAAUUAGCUAACUAUGUGGGAUUAACUGAUGGAUAUUUGGUUGGUGCUGGACUCAACGUCCGUUUCGCUCAACUCCUGCACACCGAUACCAAGUACCAAGUCUUAAGAGAAGAAAUGAUUAAGAUCAACACACGCAACCUGGUGUACCACUGUAGAGCGGACAAGAGCGACUGUGACAUGGCACUUGCCAAGAUGCGGUACAAAGCCAGCAAGCACUUCUAUGCACUCUCUAAGGCUGUGGUAGAUUACGUGAAGAAUAAACGACAGGCCCGUCCCACUGGAUAUGUUGGCACCGCAACAUUCUGCCAGGACAACAUCUGCGUGCCAGAUACUGACCCGCCGAUUGUGUACGGUGGUUGCUUCACACUGGUCUCUUGUGGCGGCAAUCAGACCUGGCACCUGGACCCCGUCGUCUACAAGAAGAAGAAGAGCAGAUUCUUUUAA